CUACAUUCCAAAUACAAAAUUCAAAUCAACACACACUACAUCAAGAUUCAAGACUCUUCUAACAGGAAAUGGAGGGCUCGCCAAAUAAAGGAGAAGAAGCAGGAAAAUCAUUCCCAUGCACAUAUUGUUCUAGAAAGUUCCACAGCUCGCAGGCGCUAGGCGGCCAUCAAAACGCCCACAAGAAGGAGAGGAGCGCCGCGGGAAAGACGAAGAGGGCGGCAGCGGAGUACGCUCUGAUGCCGUCGCCGCCGCCCCUCAUCUUCUCUCCCGGCUACCCCGUCGGCAUUAUCAAUCCGGCGCAGUACGCGGUUCACGGUGCGGCGGCGUUCGAAGACGUGGCGGCGCUGUAUCAGUACAGCCUGGCGCAUGAGCAGAGCUCGGCCUACUGUGGUCAGUGGAGUAGGGUUAGGUGCAUCGAUGACGAGUUUUCGGGGCAGGGAUUUGGGGAUUAUCAUGAGAGGCGGCGCAGAGAUCAGAAGCUUGAUUUGUCUCUGCAUUUGUAGACAAAUCACAAAUGUAAUGUGCCCACACAAUUCAGAUUUUAAGCAACUCCUACUAAUAAUAAUAUAUCGUCCCCCGAUUUGAUCUGUGGCGGAUUUAGAACAUAAUUUUGAGGAGACGGAUUCAUUAGAUGGAAAUAAUUUGCAGUGAACGAAUACGAGAUGGACAAGUGUUUUUUAGUAAUUUUCAAUUUUAUAAAGUUCAUUUAAAAAUGUU